GUCAUGGAAGACGGCCCGCUGCCAGACCUCAGAGACAUCGAGCUGAAGCUAGGGCGCAAAGUACCCGAGAGCCUAGUGCGCUCGCUCCGUGGGGAGGAGCCGGUUCCCCUGGAAAGGGACAGGGACCCCUGCGGGGGGAGCGGCGGCGGCGGCGGCUGCAGUAGCAGCAGCAGCAGCAGCAGCUGCAGCCUCCCCCCCUCCCUGUCGUCGUCCUCCUCGUCCUCUCCAACCUCUGGCUCCCCACGUCGUAGCCACUGCAGCGCCCUGGAGAGGCUGGAAACCAAGCUGCACUUCCUUAGGCGAGAGAUGGUUAACCUCAGAGCCACAGAUGUGAGGCUCAUGCGCCAGUUGCUUGUUAUCAACGAGAGCAUUGAGUCCAUCAAGUGGAUGAUUGAAGAGAAGGCCACCAUUACCAGCCGAGGAAGCAGUCUCAGUGGCAGCCUGUGCAGUUUAUUGGAGAGUCAGAGCACCUCCUUACGUGGCAGCUACAAUAGCCUGCAUGAUGGCAGUGAUGGGCUGGAUGGCAUCUCCGUGGGGAGCUUUCUGGACACUCUGGCAGAUGAUGUCCCAGGCCAUCAGACCCCAUCAGACUUGGACCAAUUCAGUGACAGCUCCAUAAUAGAGGACUCACAAGCACUGCACAAGCACCCCAAACUGGAUUCUGAAUACUACUGCUUUGGCUAAUGACCCAGUUUUUUGCAUGGGAUUGGUGUGCAAUUAACUUGUAUUUAUCCUUCUUCUCCGCUGCUAUCUUUUUGGUGUGAUUUUUUUUUUAUAUAUAUAUAUAUGACAACCUUUUUAAAAGAAGCUUAUUUUGAAACUGCUUGAUGAUAAUUCUGUUGCUCCUAAUAUUUCUCAUCUGGACUGAUCUUUCUCUCGUACAUCUCUAUUUUUAUUUAUUACAAUGAUUUUUCUCCCUUCUUUACAGUGGCACAAGUAAAGUAGGGGGAAAAAGAAUAAGCAAUAAUUAUGUUUUUGCUUUUGUUUUCAGAGCAAGGGGUCAGGGAUUACCAAAAAAUAAAUCUUUGCUAAAUUUUACAAUAAACCAAAGUCUGACAACAGUUUAUUUUGUUCUUUGUAUGCUUAAACAAUUCAAAGUUUCAUUUUCCAGAACAUACUGAAGUUUAUUAGGAUUUGUAUCGUAGGUUGGACAAAAGAGUUGCAACAAACGUAGGCAUUAUUUGUAGGCAAAAACUUCCUAGUUAUAAAAACAAACAAUACAGCUAGUCACAUACUUCCACGUGGCAAUUAUUCGGAAGCCACAACUCUGUGAAAUCUGCUCACUUCAACUUUGAGUUCAUACUUUGGAUCGUACUUUUGUCUUUAGUGACUCUAACUCAAACUAUAUAAGCUUAGUUGUGUGAUAAUGUAUAGGAUUCUCCCAGAUUUCAAAGAAUAAUUGAGGUUAGAUACAUGAAGGUGAUUAGAGAGGUUCUAACUUGUAUUUUGAGAUUUUGUUGACAUUUGUUUAUAGGUGUUUUGUGAUUCUGAUAUGAUAUACAAACACAUAAAUCACAUAUAUGGAUGGAUGGAUGGAUGGAUGGAUGAAGUGGGAAUUAGAAUCACCAUUUGUGAAGUCUAAUAUAUCUGUCAUCCUGGAGUAAAAAAUCUCUUAGUUUUCUGAAAUGACAUCCAAAAAUAUAACUCAUGUAGUAAACAAACAUUUCAUUUUGGUGUGUUAUGAAUCUUCCACAUUCUUUUACCUAAAUGAUUCCUCAUGAGUGAAUUAUUGAGAUUUCAAACUGUUCUUUGUAAAUAUGUUUCUGUACUAAACACCUUACAGUAUGAAUCAAAAAGCCUUCCUAUUUAUAAUUGAAAAAUGUCCAUACUUGAGAAAUGGUUUCCCCAAAUUUCCUUUGUUGAUAUAUAACUAUUACACUCUUGUCAAAUGUAUUGUUUGCUUCCAGAACAUAUGUUAUUCCAUUUCCAAUUAAAAUCUAUAGGGUCUAUAUUUUA